AUGACCAUGCAGCAAAAAGAAAAAGCCCAGGAAGCAUUUCCUGCAACCACCACAAAACGUAAGUCUAGAUACUCUGUAACCUUUGCGUAUAUCAUGGGUGUGUUAACAAAUCAACCAGCUCGCAUGAGUGCAUUUGCCGCAGCCAAAGCAAAGGCAGCAGCAAACCAAAUAGUUUCUGACAAGCCAUUUGAGACGAAUCUGACAGGUACCGACAAUGCUGAUGAGGCCUCUCAUACCAAUGGUCAGAUUAGCUCUGAGAACCCAGGCCUUUCUACUUUGUUAUCCAGUUUCCCUCUAGCGAAGGCUCACGAGCUCGACAGCAAUGCGUCUAGCGACAAUGACGAAAAUGCCAUCGACACUGAUGGAAACUACGCUCGUGCCUAUAACGGAGCUUCUUACAAAGCUGACCAACCCUGUCAACUGUCCAACUUACCAUCGAACGACCUGUGUGUCAUUUCAGACACUCCUGAAAUGCUUAGUCUGAAGCUGCAAGCUGGAGAGACUGCCACUUUUGUUGGAGAGUACGAACUACGCGUCAACUCUGGCCAUAUCAUGAUUUACGGCGCUGUUCUGAGAUCUGGUCCAAAGAAACACCGCGUAUAUGCUCCUACCACCCAUGCCCUACCAGUCGUCACUGCAAAGGGCGGUCCUGCUGAAGUCGACAUCAUUUCGACCAUUCCCUUACUAGGUCCAUUGAGCAAAAUCUCUCCGUUAUGGACAAAGCUUUGGCAUGCCCAGACCUCCAAGGAAGCAAAGGAGACAAAAGAUGAUUCGCGAUCUUUUGCAUUGCUUCGAAGCUCUCUAGACGACUCCUUGAAGCGUGCCGUCACCGCACUCGAAGUAGAGCAAGAUUGUCAAGUCACUCUGAACAGGGUUCUAAGCAGACAAACGGCAACCCAUCCAAGCUCGGUAAUCAUGGUUUCUGGUCCAAAAGGCUCUGGCAAGUCGACCAUCUGCAAAUGGAUCAUCAAUACNUUUUUGACUGCUUCAAAGGCGACGGCAUCCACAUCUUGCUUUUGGUUGGACCUUGAUCCUGGACAGCCUGAAUUCUGGGCACCUGGGCAGAUGUCGUUGGUGCAGAUUCGAUCGCCUGUUCUUGGGCCUAAUUAUACGCAUCCAUCUGGUCAUGUCAGUUCAGCUCACAGAACUAUCCGGUCACAUACUAUUGCUGCCAACUCGCCAAGAGAUGAUGUUGUGCAUUUCCUAGCCUGCGCAAUGGAUCUACGUGACGCCUACUUCCGCGCCUUGGAAGACUUUCCGGGAGCACCACUGAUUCUCAACUGCUCAGGUUGGGUGCUUGGGUCUGCAGUCUCUGCCAUGAUGGAACUUGUACAACAAUUCCCCUUGACCGAUGUAGUGCUCAUGGAACCCAUGGAAAGAGACACAGUCGCAUCCAUCGAAGCCACACUACCAAUGGCCAAAGUCUUGAUGAUCCCGCCCCGCUACAAACCCGCUCAAUCGCGUACAAGCGCCGAACUGCGUGCCAUGCAAGCAAUGUCAUACUUCCACUCUUUGCCCCCAACCAAAGGACUAUCGCAAUGGACAAGCGCCCCGCUGACACAAACCCACCCUUGGCAUGUCAAAUACAAUGGCCCCAACGCCGGCAUCUCCUCCAUCAUGUCGUAUGGCGAAGCGGUGAACCCAGACUUUUUGGCAUCGAUUAUUGAUGGCGUCACGGUGGCAAUCUGCGAGGUCGAGUCUGAUCAAGCAUAUGCAACAGUCCAAUACAGACCCCCUCAUGUCCCCUCUGCCUCAGCAGCGGAGAUGGGCGAAACCAUGACAGAAAGAAUCGGUAGAACGCCAGAAGGAUUACCCUAUCUCCGUGCCGACAACAGCGGGUUAAUCCAACCCUUGGACCCACGCUUUUCUUGCUGCAAAGGAUUGGCCAUUGUCCGUGGCAUCAACGUUGCAAAACAGGAACUUCAACUGAUCACACCAAUGUCGGUCAAGGAGAUUAAAGCUUUGCAAGGGUCUAGGACUGUAUUGGUCAGAGGCAAGUUUGACACGCCUGGGUGGGUGUUCUUGGAGGACACGUAUAGUGGCGAUGCGCAAAAGUUCAAGAAGCAAGAACAGUUCAAUGUCUUGAAGGAUAAGACUAGCAGACCGUAUGUUGCGCAGAGGGAUGCGAGUGAAGCUGGACUGGGACUUGGAGAAAAGNNGAGGGUCAGACACUUGCCGAGGAACUUUGGAGCUAGAAAUGCUGCUUGA